GCUCGAGUUGUUUCCUAGGAGCGCCUCGAGCACCGCGGCCUCGCCGAGCAGUCCAGGCCCCCUCUCGCCCUGCCAUCCGCCCGAAAUCGCAGAAUCAAGGGGUCAUCCAGGAAUGGUGCCCAAGGGCCUCGUAUCCAAGGCUGUCUGGGCCGCCUGCCGCCGCUCGACGGCCGAGCGGGUGCACCGUGCGGGUGGCGCGCGUGGCGUGGAGCGCCGCCGCCUCGGCGCGGCAGGGGUCGACCAGCUGGUGCCCCGGCUGGUCGACGGUGCUCGACGGGUCGAGUUCUCGACGCAGGUCACAGGCUCCCAGUUGCGAUGCGUAUCCAAAAAUUGGGGGCCCUUCGGCAUGGAUGGGCUGGGACUUGGUGAAGAACAAGUUCUGGGGCUAUGAGUUCUCCAAGGGCGAACUCGACGAGCUCGAGGCGGCCAUGGCGUCCGCCCUGAAGUCGGGGGACCUCUCGUGGGACGGCGACAUCGCCGUCAACGUGUCGCAGGAGAACUUCCAGCUCGGCGCGGUGGCGGCGACGCUGGCGGAGCUCAGCGAGGAGCUCGAGAGCAAGGGGUGCGCUAUGAUCGCGAACGUUCCGGUGGAGAAGUACUCGGAGGCAGAGCUCAGCGUGCUCUACCAGGGCAUGUGCGCGUACGUGGGCCAGUGGGUGCCGCAGUCCUCGGCGGGCUUGCGCUCCAGGAGCCGCGGCUACGGCAUGCCUCUCGGGAAGAUCAAGGCGGAGAUGCACGGCAACACGCCGCUCGCGGGCAAGCAGGCGAACAAGUACGGGCGGGGGCCGGCGCACUUCCGCUUGCACACCGACCGGUGUGAUGUUCUCUCGCUGCUGUCCAUCCGCACGGCGGCCGCUGGUGGGCGGUCCAGGAUCGCUUCGGCCGUGACCAUCCACGACAAGAUGCUGGAGAUGCACCCUCACCUGGUGCCAUACCUCUACAGCCCCAUCCCACGCAUCUGGGAGGCAGGCAUCUCCGACCUGCCAGUCUGGGCAGUGCACAAGGGCAAGUUUACCACCCAGAUCUCGCCGUCAUACAUUGAGAACGCGCAGUUGUGCCCGGGCGUGCGCAAGCUGCUGCCUGAAGAAUUGGAGGCUAUAGAUCUUCUUGAGGAGAUCGGCCUGGAGGUCGGCCACGAUUUCCUGCAGGAGCCGGGACAGAUGACGUUCCUGAACAACCACUUGGUCUACCAUGGCCGCACCGCUUGGAAGUACGAGGGCGACCAGGACGAUGCAAGCCUGGGGAGGCUGCUGUUCCGCAUGUGGCUCUCGCCGCGCAACUCGCGCGAGCUCCCCGACACGCCCGAGUUCCGCGCGCUCUGGGGCGACGUGCGCCCUGGGGCAGUGCGGGGCGGCCUGGAGCCCGCGGUCAGAGCCGGGCUGGUCGAGAAGCCCAACGAGUUGACCGACGCAAUCAACUCGGGGACCUAUGCGGGGGUCGGCGGACUACUACGGCCUCUUCAAGAGGCGGUUUGCAGGCCAGAGUGUCGACCCAUUCGGCUCGCCCUAGGACGUUGCCGCGCUUGCACCGCCAUCGCUACGCGUGCAUCGACCAACGGUUCAUCGACCCAUGUUUUCCCAGGUCCUGCGUGCUGCAUUUCGUUGCAUGAACACAGUAGGUCUCAUCAGGGCAUCAAGGUCUCCAGCCUCGCGAAUUGUCGAGAAGGCAGUUCGCAGAGGGAGCGCCACAGGAGAAGAUAUGCACAAUUGCGGUACUCAAUAUAGUGGGGUCCUUCGCCAGGCUCAUGUUUCGACCAGAAGGAUCGUGACGGGCCCAUUCAUCUAUCAUGCUCCGGCCCGCCUCAUGAGAGAGGGAGCCGCACCGCCCCUCUUGCUCUCCGACGUGUGCUUCUGCUCCGUGAGCCUCGGCGACGCGGUGGGCGCCAGCGUCGCUGGGUCGCUCUGCUUGCUAUCCUGCCCAAAUGAUGUGGACAGGAUAGCAAAAUGAACGCGUGAGUCAGGGCGAGAGGGAGAAUCAUGAUUCCACUGUCUUCGCGAGCAUCGGCCAGGCUGGCAUGAGAGGAACACGAUACCGCAGUCUUGGCUAGAAGCCACCCGGUAGUUACACUAGGAGGCAGGACCUGGAGGCAGAGUUGGUGGUGGCGGAGUGGGGAGGUGCGAGAUACGAGACUAUUGUUUCCAGCCUUUUAAUUUUUCUCCAGCAGGUUCACAGCUGCUCCGAUUGUACAGGCCGAGCAGGCUUCCAGAGUGAUGCUGGGCAACCUGGCUGGCUGGCUGGCUGGCGUGCGAGAGCAAUGUGGUAGGCAGUUGUUUUUGUUCGUUCCACCCUGCCAAUUGUUUCAGUCAAAGCUGUGCAAGAAGACAUGGCCUGAAUGGCGAUCGACAAGUGACGUCACAAGCAUAGCACACGUACGCUGUGCAUGUUCGGACGGCUGCUUCGCAGAGAAGCCAAAUUACCCGAGGCUCACUUGUUCGAUUGGGACGGGCCCCGUAGGCCGAUGGGGAGGGGGGAAAGAUGGCCAUGAGUGUCUUUACCGCCCCCAUGUCCUCCACCCUCAAGGACUUUGCAGCCGUGGCCUUCAGAUCAGGCAGGGUCCCCUGCCGCGAAGAGUCACGCGGAAGAGUGGGCGGCACACCAGUCGUGCGCAGGGACCCUUGCCGCGGAGAGUCACGCUACAGUGCGGGCGUCGCGCCAGUCGUGCGCGUCCAUCCCGUGCAUGUCAUUUACAGGCGGGCUCUGCGAGCUCGCGCGGUUGGGAAAAAAGGCUCUUCGUCCUUCAUUUCCGUUUCCGUCACCUCCACCUGUCUUUCCUCAUCGCCCCAUCUUUGUCAGGUUGCCG